AUGACCACCACCUACAGGCAAUACACCUCUUCCUCCUCGAUGAAGGGGCCUUCCUUUGCUGGGGGUUCCUCCCGGCUUUCCUCCGUCCAUAUGGGUGGAGGAUACAGAGCCCCGAGCAUCCAUGGCGGAGCUGGUGGCGUCUCCAUCUCUUCCUCUCGCUAUGUCUCUGGGGUAGGCAGUGCCCUUGGUGGUGGCUAUGGGGGCAGCUUCUGCAGCAGCAGCGGCCUUGGUGGUGGGUUUGGUGGUGGGUUUGGUGGAGGCUAUGGUGGAAGUUUCGGUGGAAGCUUUGUUGCUGGUGGUGGCGAAGGCCUUCUGGCCGGGGGCGAGAAGGAGACCAUGCAGAACCUGAACGACCGCCUGGCUAACUACCUGGACAAGGUGCGGGCGCUGGAGGAAGCCAACACCGAGCUGGAGUUUAAGAUCAAGGAGUGGUACAAGAAGCAAGCACCUGGUCCAGACCGUGACUACAGCCCAUAUUUCAAGACCAUUGAGGAUCUGCGGAGCAAGGUAUGGUGAAGUGACUCUAAGGGGGCUUCUUAGCCUGGAUAGCUCAGUUGGUUAGAGCGUGGUGCUGAUAACGCCAAGGUUGAGGGUUCGAGUCCCUUAUGGGACAGCUGCAGAUUCCUGCACUGUAGGGGGUUGGACUAGAUGAUCCCCAGGGUGCCUCCCAGCUCUACAAUUCUAGGAUGGAAAACCGUAGCAAACUGGCUUUUAACAAGCCCAUGAGGAAAGUCUGAAAGGUUUGGGGAGAACCCCCCCUUUUUAAAAAAAUCUGCUUAGCACCCAGAGACCUCAAAUCCAAUUCUUUUAGUCUGUGUAACAUGUAAGUAGGCAUUAGGCAAAGGAUUUUUAAAAUCCAAGAACACUUAGCUGAUGAUGUCAGAAUAACAUUAACCACAAUCAGAGAAUAAUAUUAAAGGGAAGUUCUAGCAUGAACCUGCUGAGCUAACAUUGAUCAGCACAUUUGAUGUCCCCCCCCUUGAAUUUAGACUUAAUCAGAACUGUGUGUUUCUUUCCCACUAUAGCUGUUAAAUUUGUAAAGCAAAGAUUUUUAAGAUAGUGCUUGCUAGUGCUGUGAACGGGUCACAGAUCUUAUCUUGCCGACGAUUUGUCCUUGCAUAGAAAUGCCAUUGAAUUACCCCUGUCUCUUACAUUUCAUAGCCAUUGGGUAUUCCCCUCCUUUCUUACAUAGCUUUCUUUAGUUAAAUGCUACCACAGGACUCUUGGCUGUGUAGCUGCAACUAGCCCAGUUAUCGUCCAGAAAUACCAUUAUCGCCACUACUGCACUACUAUUGUGGUACUACUAGUGGUAUACUACUUUCUUUUGUGCCUUAAUUUAAUUUUCAUUUUCAUUUAUUGAGAAGACUGUGCAUACAGCCUGCAAGCUUCAGCCUGGCAGGAGCCAGCUGCAGAUUAUUGCAGAGACUCCCUCUUCCAAUUAACUUCCAUCUCCAGGGCUCAGGGGUGGGAGGGAGUGCAGAGGAAGAAUGGCCAGGGCCCACCUCUGUGACAUCACCAGGGGAUGCCCCUAAGUCUAAGGUUUGGGCCCUGAAAUCUCAGGGUCUGGGAUGCUCCUAGUGUACACCCUUCCUGAAGGUGUACACUUUCCCCUUACACAAGACCAAGGACCUAUGUGAAGUAGCCCAAGGUCCAACACAAUCUCCUAGUUGGGAGGUAUAAUGAUUAACUGUUGGGCAAUGGAGGCUGUGGAGGAAUGCCAUCAGCCAAACCAAAGCCUCUUCUGUAGUAAAAUUAACUAGGAUUUCCCUAGUGCGGGAAGUUAAUUUAUUUUGCCCACUUGGAUCCCUUAAAACUGGAGCCAGCCCAUGACAUUUUUUGUUCCUGAAGUCUAAUCCAGAGGGUGACUAACAUGUUCUUCUCCAAAUGUUGUGGGACUCUAAUUCCAAUCAGCCCCAGCCAGCAAUGCCAGUGGCCAGGGCAAAUAUGGGGGACUCCCAACAGAUUCUGGACAGCUGUAGGUUAGACCCUGUACUCUAAAUGGUGUCCCCACUAAUUAAUAUGGGGCGCUAUCUACUGGGAUGUUCCCCGGUACAAGCCCUAGUAAAAAUACAUCUGGAAUGCUGAAGGAUGAAGAUGUCACAUUUAAAAAAAUAAUAAUAAUGAUAAUUUGGUGCAUGCCAUGCUUCUCCUGGAGAGCUCAGCUCGUUAGAGCACAGUGCUGAUAACACCAAGGUUGCAGGUUCGAUCCCUGAAUGGGACAGCUGAAUAUUCCUGCAUUGCAGAGGGUUGGCCCAGAUGGUCCUCAGAGUCCCUUCCAACUCUGCAAUUCUGUGAUUCCUCUAUGAUUUCCUGCCCUUGAAAUGGCUUUCUGUUAAGUAAAUUAGAAAGAACAUCCCAGAGCUUUCACGUAGCACAAGGCUAGGUCCUGAAUGAAAUGCCCGUCAUCGAGGGUUCCCUAAAAAUAAAAUAAAACUUGCCCAGAUUUUUUACCAUUUUAAACCACCCAUUCCCUACUUCCCUUGCAGAUUCUUGCUGCCAGUGUUCAGAAUGCCAGCAUCCUCCUGCAGAUUGACAAUGCGAAGUUGACCGCUGAUGACUUCAGAACCAAGUAGGUUUAAUUGUUAAAAACACACAUCCCAGUGGUUGGGUUGGUAUCAAAGCCAGCACCAUGGCUGGGAGCUUUAUGAUAAACAUUUUGUGGGACAACCUCUUACCCCUUUCCCCUUCCCUUUUCCUCUCAAUUCUUUGUGGAUGCAGGUUUGAGACAGAGCAGGCCCUGCGCAUGAGUGUUGAGUCUGACAUCAAUGGUCUACGCAGAGUCUUGGAUGAUCUAACACUGUCCAGAUCUGAUCUGGAAAUGCAGCUGGAAAAUCUAAAGGAGGAAUUGGCUUAUCUGCACAAGAACCAUGAGGAGGUAAGGAUGCCCAAUGGGCAAUAUCACAGAGGGGUGCACAUUUUAAAGGGGAGGGGAGGACACCAGCAUUCAACUGGUUUAUGUCUGAUGAACCCAACGCAUGUUCUUUUUGUCCAAUGUGGUUGCACAUGCUACAAGCAUCUUCUGAAUGGCCCAGCACAGCAGGCUGUGCCACAAUGAAAUGUCUUUGAAAUAUCAUUGGAAAAAUGGGCAGGAAACAGACCUCUUGGGCUGUGAUCUAGAUACUUACCAAACAAUUUGUGUAACCAUAAACCCGAUUUACCCAUGAACAUACCAUUGAUCACAGACGUCAAGUCUACGAAUGGACUCCAUUGGAAAGCAUUGCGUUUAAAGAGGUUCUGACUGUUCCGUCUGUAAAGGCCCAUUCAUAAGUGCAAGUCACUCUUAGAUACUGCAGCCAUCAAGUGUUGAAGAUGCAUGAAUGAACCAGCCCUUAAAAGUCCAUUAGAAAAGCGAACAGGCUGAGUUCUGCAUGUCAAGUACAGCUGUGAGAAUCUAGCCUAGAUCUGCUCCAGUGUGCCUUUUAGGGCAGAAUCGGCCUUUGAAAAAGAUGUACAAGAUUUCAUAAACACAUAUUACUACUACUAAUAAAAUAUAAAAAAUCAGUGCUAUUUUUCUAGAAAAAGAGGUGCCAGAGUUCACCAUGAACUUCUUCCUUGUUGUCUUAGAAUGGCAAUGGCGCCCACCUGAGAGGUGCCAGAACUGAACUCUGGCAAGCUCUGGCUGAAAAGAAAUAAUAAUAAUAAUAAUAAUAAUAAUAAUAAUAAUAAUAGUCAUCCAAAUCAAAACCACACUGCACCCCCCCUAAAACGGAGUAGUAGCAAUGACUACAAUUGAUUGCAACAGUAAUGAGAUAAAAACCAGUCUCUACAAAGCCAGACUGUGGCAAUGGUUGGCCUCCAACCUAAGCUCAUUGUAUCCAGAGCAACGUGCAGAAGAACGAAAUCCUUGGGGCCAUGGCUCAAAAUAAUUCAUUGUGUGAGAAUUAGCCUGUCAAAAUCAAAUGACCGCAUGCACCUGCUGAUACCCUUACCAGUCAUUCUCUGGUACAUCUUCAAUUAGUUUACUGGCAAGUAUGGUAAAUACCAUAUUUUUCCGUCUAUAAGACUAUAUUUCCCCCUAUUUUUUCAGGUUUAAAAUUGGUGGUCAUCUUAUACACGUAUGGUGCAUAUGGGGGAUUUUUUUAUUUGGAGUCCCAAAAAAUAGGGGCCGUGUUAUACACGAAAAAAUAUGGUACUGAUCUGGGAUAGCUGACUCUUGACAACACCAGCCUCAUGCUUUCAGAUGCAUGUAGGAAAAUCCUUACAUGAAACAGAAGCACAUUAUGAAAGAGACUUUCAUUAGGGUUUGCAAUCUAAGUGCAAUAUAGGUUUAAAAACAACCUAUAUUUUUCAGAUUGGUGGAAUUUCCCCCAAAGAAGUCGCAUCUGAUUUAUCUAUAAGAAUAUUUCUAAACAGCCAACACUUAAAAAAAAUAACAAUAGUGGUGUACAAUAAAACCAACAACAUGAUAGAAUCUUAAUUACGAAUAACCUCGCUCCAUGUACCUCUGUCACAGGAAAUGACUGUCCUUCGAAGCCAGAUCCGUGGUGAGAUCUCUGUGGAAAUGGAUGCUGCUCCUGGGGUGGAUCUGACCAAGAUCCUGGCAGAGAUGCGUGAGCAGUACGAGACAUUGGCGGAGCAGAACCGGAAGGAUGCUGAGCAGUGGUUCUUCAGCAAGGUGGGUCUUCCUUUGGGGUGAAUGCACUUUCUUGGGGGGUGGGGGGUGGGGAGAAGAAACAAGAAUAGAAUACUGGGCGUUUUGAUCAGUGAGGUCACUAUGGUGCUGUCUCCCCAUUUCCUUGUAGACCGAAGAGCUGAACCGCGAAGUUGCCAUGAACACAGAGCAGCUGCACAGCGGCAAGUCGGAAAUCACGGAACUGAGACGAACCCUCCAAGGCCUGGAAAUAGAGCUGCAGUCCCAGCUUAGCACGGUACGGUGUUCAGGCAAUCUUCUCCCUGCCCUUAAUCAGGGAAAUGGUUGCACAAUGUCACACCCCACCACCAGACCUGACUUGCUGGGAAUUCCUAGAAUGACUUUCUACCUUCUCUGAGGAAGCAAAUAUUAGAAUUUGCUUCCAGAAGGUGUUGUAAUGGCCAUCAGCUUGGAGGGUGUAAACGAGGGUUAGACAAAUUCAUGGAGCGAUCAAUGGCUACAAGUCAUGAUGGCUGUAGUCUACCUCCACAGUGUCAGGGACUGACCUUUCCAGGGAGGAGGAAGAGGAAGACAGUAUAGAUUUUCAACAGGGGUUUGAAGGAAGUUGCAGCUCAGAGGCAGAUGAGAGGAAAAGCUGGGAAAUCAUGGGAGAGCCAGGACAAUGCCUGGCUGACACGUUGUCGUUAGAAAGCAUUCCAGACCCUCCAUCUCCCAGAGCCUGGCGAGCCUUAAAAGUAGGAGAGCAAAGAGCUCAAAGACAGAGGGCAUGUAGCAGCACCUGUAGAAGUCAUGAAUGAGGAAGUGGGAGAGACAGGGAUGGGGAUGGAGAUUCAUUUGGGACAAUGCCAUUAUCCAAGAGUCUGAGUUCUAUAGCCUCUCUCUGUAAAGAUUGAAAUAAAAAAGGGACAGUAAGAAACUUUUCCUUGUCUUUAUGCUUUCCUGGGCAACCAGCCGGGAGUCACUGACAACAUCCUGACACACAGUCAGAAUGCUAGCUGCUGGGAGUCUCAAGUAGAGAGAGUGCUGUUGAAUUCAGAUUUUGCUUGUAGGCUUCCCCCAGGCAUCUAGUUGGUCACUGGAAGAACAGGAUUCUGGACUAGAUGGGCCACUGGCUUGACUCAGAAAGGCUCUUCUUAUGUUCUUAAUAUGCAUGGACCAAGAGCCCCUGUGUUUCCCUUCGAUUAGGGAAUCUGAUUGCACAGGAUUCCCAAUUACGCGGAGGAAUCCAGUGAAGGUCUAUUAGGGUGAAUGGGGUGCUGCCCCGCCAACAUCAGUCUGUCCUCAACUAGCUGCCACCUGCCUGCCUUCUUGCUUCUGACCAGUCAGAGGGUGGCUGUGUCUGUCUUUGGCUCAUUGGCGCCACCUACUGUUGGACUCCCUUCCUUCUGUCCUACCAGCCACCGCUGGAGGACUCUAACAUUAAAGGUUGCUGUGCAGGUUCCCUCAGAAGCUAACUCUGAUUUCCUCUCUCUCAAUUCUCUUCCCCCAGAAAGCAGCACUGGAAGGCAGCUUGGCAGAGACAGAGUCCCGCUACGGAGCCCAGCUUGCCCAGAUCCAGGUUAUGAUCACCAGCGUGGAGGAGCAGCUGGCUGAGCUGAGGUGCGACAUGGAGCGCCAGAACCACGAAUACAAGAUCCUCCUUGAUACCAAGACCCGCCUGGAACAGGAGAUCGCCACCUACCGCCGCCUGCUGGAGGGAGAGGAAGCCCAGUAUGUAUAAAGAGGAGGGCUAUUUUCUAAUGUUGGAUAAGGAGUCAAUAGGCUGAAACAGGAGGAUGUCAGGAGUGAGCUGGCAGUAAAUCACACUGUGCAAGUUGGAGCUAACUCUUUGUUAGCAAGAACAUGAUCUGCACAGACUUGGUGGAGUGUCGGGCCUAAUGAACCUGGCAGCUCAAUCCUGGUAGGUCUUGCCCCAUAGAUCAGUUGCCGAGACUGAAAGUCCCCACCUUGUCACAGCCCACUCCUCUCCAGGGUUUUCCCCAAGCAAUCGGAGACUGUGCCUAAGUGCAGCCAACCUUUCCUCUGCUCUUUUCAUGCCUCUUCUGGUUCUGGGAGACCAGUGGGGAGGGAAGCUUGUCUCAGCAGAAGAAGACACCCAUACCUCUGCACCAGCUGGACUCGUCUCUGCCUCUUGGCCUUCCUCAUCCCAUUCUCCUGCUUUAGUCUCUGCCUCUGAUUCUGGAAUUCUCUCUGUCACAGACUCUGCCAGCUCACUAAGCCCUGUUACCUCUUCAGUUUCCAACCCCUCCUCUUCCCAGUCUUUUCCCUCUGACCACUCAACAAUGUCCCACCACCACUCCCCAGGCUCUGAGCCUUCUUCCCUUGGUGGUUCCCCAGCUGGUUCCUCCCAGCAUUCCUUUGCAUCCAAACCAGUCCAUCACAGAGGAUGUCUUUCAAUUGCCAAGUAAUUAUUUAGGAUUGCUGGCUGUUCUAGGCCUGUCCUCCCAUCCCAUUAUUUCUGAUGUAUGUUAAGCGCACCAUGUGCCAUUGGCACACUAGGUCCAGCUGUUGUGGGUGCUUUUGGUGCAAUAGUGUCAACACACCAUGCUACCCUUGAGCAACGUCUUGUGUUGGCUUGCAAACCUGGUACAUUUCUAAAGGCACAGGAGUCCUAUAUCCAGUCCUCUGCCCCCAUUGGCCCAUUGCAGAAUGUUAUAAGGGCCUUUCACACAUUACAUCCAAUGAGUGUACAACCUGCAUACUUGUGAAUACAAAGAGUUGUGCUUGCAUGCUCAUACAGUUAUUCACAUGUGUCACCCAACUAGGAUACACUCUGUGUACACAGCAGCUGAUCUGUAUGAAUCAAUACAGGUACACUUUCCCACACAAACACUCCUAGCUGUGUUUGCUGUAAUGUGUGAAGAAGCCGAUAGUAUUGGGCCAGAGGAGAAAAUGUAACAAAUGGAAAUGUUCCACGGCUUCCUCUGGGGUUCCUUUAUUUUAAAGCAAUCACGAAAUUAACUGGACACAAAGUUGUGUUGUUGUGCCUUUCCUUUUAGCGCAUUUGAUUACAAUUUCUGCACCUGCUGCAUUGCAGCUGAAAACGAACUCUUCAUGUUUCUCUAAUCCAGUCUUGUCUUUCUCCCCUUGCAGCAUUUCUUCCCAGUAUUCGUCGGCGAUUUCUAGCGGUAAGGAUCUGUUGGGCUGUUGCUCUUCCUUUUGCUUUUCAGAAGUUCUCUUUGUUUUAUAAAAGCUGAGAAUAUUGAAGCAUGCAAACAGACAGGAUAAGGAGAUGGUACAUUCAUCAGUGUGCUGUCAACAAAUACUGUAGGCCUAGCCAUUCAAGAUGGUAGCUGUUUCUAUAUUUUUACCAUCCAGUAGGGAUCGAUCUAGUUAAGUUUGCCAAAGUCCAGUCUGUGAUUUCGGCAGUUGCCAUUCUUCAGGAUUAUAAGCGAAGUAUUUCAUAAAAGGGUGCCAUGUUUCAACAAAGCCGUCUAUGUCAUUUGUAUUAGUCAAUGCAUGUAGUUACUUGAUAACACAGGAAACUAAUUGGAUUAAGACACUGGCCUUCAAUGAAUGAGUCAUAGUCAACAACCGGGUUGUAACUCAGCCUGGAUCGAGCUACGGGUUGUCCUAUAGGAACAUAGGAAGCUGCCUUAGGUUAAGUCAGACCAUUAGUCCAUCUAGCUCAGUAUUGUCUACACUGACCGACAGCAGCUCUCCAAAGACUCAGACUGGGGUCUAUCCCAGCCCUCCUUGAAGAUGCUGGGGCUUGGCUUUCAGUCCUUCUGAAUGCAAAGCAGAAGUUCUGCGACUGAACUAUGGUCUUUUCCUUUUGAAGAGGAAUGGUAGGAGAUGCAGAAUAGAAAAGAAAACUUGUAGUACAGCCCGUAGUUAAGCCAUGGAAAGAUGUAGUGUUGGCCACCAACCUGAACAACUUUAAAAGGGGAAUAUACAAAGUCAUGGAGGAGAAGGCUAUCAAUGGUUGUUAGGCAUCAGAGCGUUAUCGCCUUCAGUGUCAAAGGUGGCCUGUCUCUGAAUAUCAGUUGCUGGCUGUUGUGGGUUUCCCAGAGGCAUCUGGUUCAGCCCUGUAGAUAUAGGAUGCUGCCUUAGACAGACCUCUAAUGUGAUUCAGUAAAGUUAUUCUUAAGCAGGUCAUGCCAGUUAAGUCUUAAGGGGGUCGUGCCACUAUUUUUUUUCUUUGUUUAAUUUUUUUACAAAAAAGAAGGGGCAAGCUGGAGAGGAGAAAGAUGGAAGAGGGGAUAGUGUGUGCAUGUGUGUGUGUGUGUGUGUGUGUGUGUGUAGGAGAGAGGGAGAAGGGAAAUGAGAAAGACACAUACAGUAUGAAAUAAAAGUGGGUGCCACGUUACAAAUAGAAAAUGGCUGGUCGGAGUUAAAUAUUGGCCCCAGGUCUGUAAAGGUUGAAGAAACGUUCUGCAGAUGUUGAUCAAAGCACAAGAAGCCCUUUAAAUGCCAGUCCUGCAAAGCUUGCUCUGCAUUCCCAUGGUUUGGUAAAGCAACGCAUUCUGAGGUUCCAUGGAAGAUGUUAAAAUCCAGUCCCUUCUAACAGUGAGCUUUAGCUGAUGUGUAGGACACAGAGAGGCAGGUCAGCAAAUGGUGGAGGCUGAAUCACUUCCCUGCAAAUAACAUCCCCCCUCCCUUCUGUCUCCUUGUAGGACCCUCAACCACCCGCCAAGUCCGCACAAUUGUCGAGGAGGUCCAAGACGGAAAAGUGAUCUCAUCUCGUGAACAGGUCCACGUCUCUGGCCGUUAA